AUGCACCGUUUAGCGCUUGUGGUCUUCGUGGUUCUGAAUGCUCUUUAUAUUUCGGAAUGUCUUGAGCAUGAUUGUCCCCCUACAUUCGAAAGUAAAGAAUGUACUUGCGUGCCUGCAUUCGGCAAAGUGUUCUUAGAAUGUUCUGGUCUUCGAAGUCUGAAACAGCUUAAGGAUGUCUUUACAACCAUGAAAGGUUACGCGCUGACGGAACUGAAAAUUCGAAAUUCGAAUUUUCCGUACAUACCAUACGAUCUUUUCAAAGAUUCCUCCGUGACCAGGAUCCGAAUCUCUAAUUCCACUCUGUUGUAUCUUUUCAACAGGGACUUAAUAAGCGUCGAGGAAACUGUGACUGAGAUAUUACUGGAGAAUGUCGACUUCGAUGGUGGCUUAGACUGGAGUAUUCUAGAAAAUCUUUCUCGCCUCAAGACUUUGAGUUUGCUGCACACUUCUCUGGAAACGAUCGGUUACGAAGUUUCGCAACUGGAAUUGCCGGUGGAGACCUUGCUGAUGUCUGAUAAUGAAAUUGUAAUGCUCGACGAUGGAGCUUUCCAAAAAUUCACCAGUCUUACCAACUUGAAGCUAAGCAACAACGAAAUUACGGAAGUCAAAAGGAGCAUGUUUCCUCAACCUACUUGUGGAUUGCAAUUUUUGGAUUUAAGUUUCAACCAGCUAACGUCUUUCCCGGAAGAUAUGUUCGAUGGAAUGCCCCAGUUUCACUCCUUAAUUCUGAGAAGCAACGAUUUCGUCAGUUUGGACCACAUCCAUGUCCGAAGCAUAUUUCCCGCUCUUGCUUUCUUAGAUGUCUCAGACAACCCUCUUCGAUGUGGUUGUGAACUCUCCUGGCUUUUGGAAGAAGAUAAGCCAUACCAUUUCUUCGGGCAAUGCAAAAAUAUCCAGGACUCCAAAAAUUUAAAAGAUCUUGCCAAAGAAGAUUUUGCAGAAUGUGAGUGAUAAUGAGGCAGUUUGAAGGAUGGCUAUGACAAACAGGUUUAAUCUAUGGAAUCUGAAAUUCAUUUGGCGAUGUACAUCAGCGAAACAAGAAAGGGCCAUCCAUUUUCAAUGGCCUUAUAGAAAGUAAGGCACUGCCCUUAAUACUUUAUGAAAUAAUUCAAUCUGAAACAUUAUGAGCACUAUAAAACGAAAAAAUAUUGAAAAAUAACCUUUGUAUCACCUUUUUUAAAAAAAUGGCAAAACAUUUUAGAGAG